AUGCAUGUAUCCCGACGUGUCAAGCCUGAAAGUCCACCUGCGAGGAGUGUGAAUGUCGCUCCUGGCGCUGUUGGUGUUUUUUCUGUGUAUCAAUCCAUUGACGAGGCUGAAGCGGCUGUCUACACACAUGAAGAGGCUCUCGGUUACCGCUGGAAGAAAGCACAGAGUGAAAAGGAUAGUUACGGUCAACUGAAGAAAAGGACCUACCAAUGCAACUGUUACUACACCCACACGCCAACGCACGCAGUCAACAUUGACCCUUCAGAUCAUCUUCAAGGGAAAACAAUUAAGACUAACUGUAAAGUGCAUGUUAAUGUCAAUCGAAAAGGAGCACAAUGGGUCAUUACCACAGCUGUCUGGGACCACAACCACGCUCGUCAAAUACCUGAAGGUGCUCCGAUACGCCGCCGACCAACCGAGGAGCAGAAAGUGAUUAUCUCCAACCUUGCCACCAGUUCUUCAAGUUGUUUCACACAUGGCCAACUUGCGACUGUUAUGAAGACGCAAACAGGGACCAUUCUUGAGCCCCGCCAAAUCGGAAACAUCAUGGGUCAGGCGCGUCGCGAGGCUCGUCAAGAAGUUGAAGGUCUGGGUGGGAGUAUGCACGCAAUCAUCGCUAAACUCGAAGAAUUAGCAAGAGAAACUCACGGAUGGCUAUCCCACAUCAAGGUCAACAAAGAUGGAGUGGUGACAGGUGUCUGGUGGCAAUCACCUCUGCAAAGAGAUCUUGGUCAACGAAAUGAUAACACCUACGGUCGCAAUGAGGCUGGGUACCCUCUUGGCAUUGGCAUUGUUAUUGAUGGGCAUGGCCAUUCACGGAACACGUGGUAUGCAUUUCAAGCACUUGAAGACCAUGUGCACCAUGCCUGGGUUCUUCGCUGCCAUCUGGACAGUGCAGGUUUCGCACCUAACACUUUCAUAUCGGAUCGACAUCACUCCUUGAUUUCUGCAGUCAAGGAAGUACUUGUCAGUUCGGAACACAUUUUCUGCAUGCAGCAUCUUGAUGGCAAUGUCGACAAAAAUCUUCGCAGGGUUAUUCCCUCUGACCAGUGGAUGCCCUUCAAGAACGACUUCUGGGCUGUAUACAGGGCAAUUUCACCAGAAAACUUCGAUAUAAAGUGGCAGUGGGCAUGGGUGUAUGUCAGCCACAAGUUCACUUGUGGAGUUCGAACAAAUGGAAGAGUCGAGGUCGAAAAUCGGAUUACAAAGACAUUUGGUGGUCCAAGGAAGUCUCUCAAGGACCUUUUCGAUGGGUUGAAUGAGCGCACCGACGGGCAAAGCCUGCAAGAGACCCUUUGGGUACAAGACAUCUGUGACCACGGUGACGGAAGGUGA